AAAAUUGGCUGGGACCCCACAAUAUUAAGAAAAACAAAACAUAUAUUGGCAGAGAGUUGUAAGUUAUUUUUGGUCCUUCCAAGUAUUAUUGCCUGAUUGCUGGUUGGUGCAAUUUCUUUGAACUCUCAACAUGUUAGCCAAUACCAGCCUCAUCUCCUCUAACUUGUCUACUUGUGUACUUCUUAGAAACCAUAAAGUUGCCACUAAAAUUUCAUUUCCAAACAGUACUAAAAUCAAGAAUCCCGAGACCCAAUUUUUCAAGAACUCAAUCUACAGUAGCAACUGCUACAUAAAGACCAAAAUCUCAGGAUUUGGACAAAAGGGUCCUCCUCUAUAUAUAUGCCAUAGUUCAUUAAAUCUUCAAAAUCAAGAAGACUCUUCUAUAGAAAAAGAUGUAGAUGGUUCUAAAGAGGAGAAUGAGGUAGGUGGUGGAAACAAUAACGGAGGAAAUGGAAAGCAAUGGGAUUGGACAACUUCUGUUGUGCUGUUUGGGUUGUGGUCUGGACUCAUGUACUAUGUUUUCUUCCUUGCUCCUAAUCAGACUCCGUUGACAGACAUAUAUUUCUUAAAGAAGCUCCUUAAUUUGAAAGGAGAUGAUGGCUUCCAGAUGAAUGAAGUGCUAGUGGGACUUUGGUACAUCAUGGGUUUGUGGCCAUUAGUUUACAGUAUGCUGCUCCUUCCUACUGCUAGAAGUUCUAAAGGCAGCAUUCCUGUCUGGCCUUUUCUAGUACUUUCAUGCUUUGGUGGUGCAUAUGCUCUCAUUCCUUAUUUUGCUCUUUGGAAACCACCGUCUCCACCUGUUGAAGAAACUGAGCUUCAAAGGUGGCCUCUGAAUUUGCUUGAAUCAAAGCUAACUGCAGGGAUCACAAUGGUUGCAGGGCUGGGGAUAAUAUUUUAUGCAGGUUUAUCAAGUGGAGAUGUCUGGAAGGAAUUUUAUCAAUACUUCAGAGAAAGCAGAUUCAUCCAUGUGAUGUCAAUUGAUUUCAGUUUACUAUCAGCAUUUGCACCCUUCUGGAUUUACAAUGACAUGACUGCUCGAAAGUGGUAUGACAACGGAUCUUGGCUUCUUCCGCUAUCGGUGAUUCCUUUUUUGGGUCCAGCUCUAUACCUUCUCCUACGCCCAUCUGUUCCAACAGUACCAGCCUUAUCAAGCCCAACUUCGACCGAGGAAAAAUGAUACAAAUCUUUUACACCGGGAUUUUAAUUGCAUGUUUCAUUGAGCAAAAAUAACCAACUGGUAAAACAUAUCUAAACAAGUAGUGCAGAAACACUUCUCUGCUGUCUGUAUGUACAUUUUACGAGCACAAGAGAAUAAACUGAUUUUUGGGUUA